AUGAAGCACUACGAGGUGGAGAUACUGGAUGCCAAGACUAAGGACAAGCUCUGCUUCCUGGACAAGGUGGAGCCAAAUGCCACGAUUGGGGAGAUUAAGUCUAUGUUCAACAAGAGCCAUCCUCAGUUCUACCCAGCCAGACAGUCCAUUCGACUUGACCCCAAGGGGAAGUCUCUGAAGGAUGAGGACGUCCUGCAGCACCUGCCUGUGGGAACAACGGCCACGUUCUACUUCAGAGACCUGGGGGCUCAGAUCAGCUGGGUCACAGUCUUCCUUACUGAGUACACCGGGCCACUGGUCAUUUAUCUUAUGUUCUACUUCAGAGUUCCCUUUAUUUAUGCACCCAAGUAUGACUUCACCACCAGUAAACAUUGGGUUGUACACUUGGCCUGUAUGUGUCACUCUUUCCACUACAUGAAAAGACUGCUUGAAACUCUUUUUGUCCAUCGCUUUUCUCAUGGAACCAUGCCUUUACGCAACAUUUUUAAAAAUUGUACGUAUUAUUGGGGCUUUGCGGCGUGGAUGGCCUACUACAUCAAUCAUCCAUUGUACACCCCACCCAUCUAUGGGGAGCAGCAAAUACGACUGGCUCUCAUCUUGUUCUUGUUCUGUCAGAUUGGCAACUUUUCCAUCCAUAUUGCUCUAAGGAACCUUCGCCCACCAGGCUCAAAGACUAGAAAGAUUCCCUACCCAACAAAAAAUCCCUUCACCUGGAUAUUCGUCUUGGUCUCUUGUCCCAACUACACCUAUGAGCUGGGCUCCUGGCUUGGCUUCACUCUGAUGACACAAUGCGCACCCGUGGCAUUCUUCACGAUUGUGGGAUUUAUCCAGAUGACCGUGUGGGCCAAAGGGAAGCACAAGAGCUACCUGAAAGAGUUUCGCGAUUACCCCCCUCUCCGCUCACCCAUCCUCCCCUUUGUUUUGUAA